AGCAGGGGAGGGAUUUAUCUUGCAUUGAUAUGUAGGCUUUGGAAGGCUGUGUCUUCUAGUAUCUAUCGCUAGCCAGUUUCUCCAAACGGGAUGAGCCAUAUAUGUGUUUAUGUGCUCUAAAUAAAAACAGUUUUUCCUAUUAGCCUUUUUAAAUCUUCAGGGCUCUCAGGUGUAAUUCGGGUGAUACAGUGGAUAAUGGAAAACUCCACCGAAGAUUACCGGAUCCAGUCCUUUGACCUGGAUACACAGAUGCUCCUGAAAACAGCCUUGAAAGAUCCGGGUUCAGUGAAUCUGGAGAAGGUUUCCAACAUCAUUGUGGACCAGUCUUUGAAGGACCAGAUGUUCAGUAAAGAGGCUGGACGUAUCUGCUACACCAUUGUGCAGGCUGAGGUCAAGCAGAACAAUGGAAAUGUGUUCAGGAGGAACCUGCUAAAUCGACUCCAACAGGAGUUCAAGGUCCGUGAGGACACCCGGAGGCGUUCACUGCAGGAGUGGGUGUGCUAUGUCACGUUCAUCUGUAACAUCUUUGACUACCUCAAAGUGAAUAACAUGCCAAUGGUGGCUCUGGUCCAUCCUGUGUAUGACUGUCUGAUAAGACUGGGCCAACCAGAUGCUCUAAUGAAUGAGGAAGAGGUGGACUGCCUGGUGCUUCAGCUGCAUCGAAUUGGCGAGCAGCUGGAGAAAGUAAACGUCCAGAGGAUGGAUGAACUGUUCUUCCUUUUGCGGGACGGCUUCCUGCUACAGGAGGGCCUGACCUCCAUGGCCCGUCUGCUGCUGCUGGAGAUCCUGGAGUUCAGGGCUGGAGGGUGGAUGCUCAGCAGCACCGCACACAAGUACUACUACAGUGAAAUUGCCGACUAGUCCCACUGCUUCUCAGUCACCAAUGAACACCAGCAUCCUAACAAGCGACUGCAACAACUUCCAGGUGAACAACGAAGGGUUUGCUGUAGGUGGAGGUUGAUCAAGGCUGUAAAGAGGUUUGGUUUUGCUGGAUUACUUUGUGUUUCAGAAUAUUACUGACAUAUGGUGCCAUGAUUGUGGAAAGUGCAAUAGUUCAAAAACAAGUUGAAGUUCAGUUAACAAGAUUUAGCCACAUUCAGGUAUUCUCUUGGGUUUAAAGGUUUACAGCUGCAAGAUUUUACUGGCAUUGCUGUUUUUGAAAAAUAAUUUAAAUUUAUUUUUACUGAAUCCAAAGGAUUUGGAAGACAUUCCAGUCAGACACAGGCUGAUUUGCAUUUAGUUUGACUUAGUUGCGUGACCAAGGUUUCAACCUUUAGCUGAAUAUUUGACAGUAGAAUUAUUUUAUAAAAACUUUGCAUUGCAGAGUAGAAUUUUCUGCCUAAUUUUACCUGUAGAGUUGUUGUUUUUUACCAGCUGUCAUUUGAAGCUGGUUUAAAAGAUUAACAUUGUUGCUUAAUUCAGGGAGUUUUUUGUGUAUUAUAGGUCAACUUAUAAAUGAACGCUUAAAAGGUUGGAUACACUUCAUAUUUAAAAUGCAUUUUUAUCGAAUUAGUUGAGAGUGAAGACGUUUAUUUUUUUAAAGUGGUGCCAAUGUAAUAUUUCUAAUAAUUAUCAAAUACAACUGACAAAUUCAAAACAGUUUUGUAGUUUUGAGGUGGUCCUGUAGCAGAUAUCUUUCACCCUUCACAUUAAAACAGAUCUAAGUGUUCAUUAGUGGAAAAGUAUUUUGCAUUCAGAUACGGUUUCCAGUUUACAUAAAAAUCUGUGGUUUCUUUUGAUUGUACUUUGUGGUGGCUGGUUGCUUCAACCAAAGCUGUGCCUUGGAAUAAAAUACAAACAUGGGUGUGGCUUCAGAAUGCCAACAUUCUGGAAACCUAAAAUGUCAAUGUAUUUUGCAGCAGUCAGACAAAUCAACCUCUCAACCCACAGAAACUGUUUUUUUACAUGAAAUAUUGAUUUAAUUUGAUUUAAAGCUAUAGACAUUCAGUGUGGAAGGCCAAAUCAUAUUUACAAUUUAGAAAAUUUGGAUUUCUGUCUUCCAAAAUCCUGUUUCUAGCACAUUCUAAAAAAAAUUAACUUUGAUAUUUCUUAAAAUUAGACAAUGUUUAAUUUAAAACUAAAUUGAUGCAUAAUAAAAGUAGAAAGUCAACAUGCCUGGUUUUCCCCAUUGCUGGACAAUAAAGGUAUUCUUUCAACCUGACUGUAAUUUUUCUAUAUUUCGUGACAUUUUUACUUUAAGGUAAUUCUAUGUUUGGUUGUACAUUUACUUGCAAAUAUAUUUGCUCCAAUAAAUCUUUAAAGGUUUUCAGUAAUUUAUUUCACUGUAUUUGCUUCUAUUAGUAAUACCUUUUAAGGUAUUUAACGGUUUGUCGCACAGGGUACCAAAAGUGACAGUAAAAUUGCUCACUACUCUUUUAUACAAGCGCCAAUGCUCCCAGACACAUUUUUACAGCAUAGUCCUUUUACCAAACAUGACGUUUUGAAAUCCCUGUUAAUCUCAUGAGAAAAUCUUUGCAGUUCUUUGUGUCCGGCAGGGUUCACAUCAUCUGUCCAGUAUGCCGCUUUUUAAGUCUACCACCAGCGGUAAUGGGCGUAGGCUCUGUUGGAUUCAGCCAUCUUGUGCAGCUCAAGUUUUUUCUUGAUUACAUUGCCCUCUUUGAUGGAUGCCGCCAAGAGUUCCUGAGAAAGUUUUUCAUACAUGAGAGUACGUCUGUCUUUGUUUUCCCUGCACUCAGUGAUCAUCCAUUUCAUGGCAAGGAAGCGGCGUCUGUUCUCCGUUAGAGGGAUGGGAACCUG